AAGUCUUAACCUCUACACUAGUCGUUCCCUGUAGGAAAUUUUAUUUUUAAUUUUACUUUUAUAUUGCUUUUACUUUAAUAAUUAAUUCACUGUCAUCACUAUCAUAUGUUCCUGUUUUACUUCCUCUCACCCUCUUCACAAUUGUUAAAUUGACGCUCAACUACCUUUCUUCUCACUCAAUAAGAAUUUUAGCCUUAUCAAAUUUCUAACCCUUUCUUCCUUUGUGCCGUUGAGUACUACGUAGUUUACAGCUUUGACAUUUACUUCUAAAGCUAAUUCUGAGUAAUCAUGCCAAUUAUGUCACCCCCUAUUACUCAAAAAUAGACUACUGUAUAUUUCUGGUUAACAUAAAUACGACUGUACAGCCUCUGACGAUGAUUUCGUCGAGAAAGAAGCAUUUUCUUCGCUGAAUUGUCUCUUAUUUUCUUCAGAUCGAAAUAUCAACAAGAAACCAUCCUCAAAAGCCACAAGAAAAUUCACUCUACCAUAUAUAAACAAUAUCUCUGAAAUAACGGCUAGAAUGCUAGAACCAUUUAAAGCAGACAUAUCACACAGGCCAAGGCAAUCACUUCAUUCAGUAUUGUGCCGAACAAAGGAGCCAACAACAGAAAAAGAAGAUAAGGUCAUCAACAUAUACAAAAUAAACUGCAUAAAAUAUGAUCAACACUACGUCAGUCGAAGUGGGCAUCCUCUCCAACUCAGAAUCCAAGAUGAUAAAUUAGCUGAGGAAAGACAUGGUAUGUAUUCACUCAGAUCGAUGCUUAUGAGCAAUUAUGCACACCAAUUCGAUUGGGAGAAUGUAGAAACGUUAAACAGAGGAAACACCAAAAAUGCAGUCAGGGAAUUUCUAGAAGUCUGGUACUCAAAUGAAUCAGGCAUUGAAACAACUCAUUACUAUGCAUCAAAUUUACUAACUGUUAAAAGACUAAUAAUCAUGUGACAAGAAUUUUGAAAUUCCAACUCAAUAAAAAAUUAUCAACAGAGAUGUAAAUUAACAACGAAUGACAACCCGAAUGAGGUUGUCAAGAGGAGAUACAAUUAUGUCAAC